AUGGAGAUUAAGGUGGAAAAUGAGACACCCGUAUAUCUUGAUGAAGAGAAAGCUCCCCUGCUUGUAAAAUCAGAACCGCCUGAAGUGGAGAAAAACCUGAUACAACAGGCAAUAAGCCAGACAUUUAAAAGCACCGCCCACCUCGCCAAUCUUCUGCCUACUGGGUCGGUUCUUGCUUUUCAAUUUUUAUCCCCCAUAUUCACAAACCAAGGGAACUGUGAUGUGGUUGGCCGAUCCAUGACUGCUGCUCUUGUAGCACUUUGUGGACUGUCAUGUUUCCUGCUGAGCUUUACCGAUAGUUUCAAGGAUCAAAAAGGAAAUGUUUGCUAUGGGUUUGCCACGUUGCGGGGCUUGUGGAUAAUUGAUGGAUCAGCUACUCUUCCAUCCGAAAUCGCAGCAAAGUACAGGCUGAAAUUUAUAGAUUUCAUGCAUGCCAUCAUGUCGAUAUUGGUUUUUGCAGCUGUUGCGUUGUUUGAUCAGAAUGUGGUGAAUUGUUUCUACCCAACACCUUCAUAUGAAACUCAGGAACUGCUUACAGCUCUGCCAGUUGGUAUUGGGGUCAUCUGCAGUAUGUUGUUUGUGGUGUUUCCUACGCAACGUCAUGGCAUUGGCUUCCCCCUCACUGCUAACUAAUAUGUUUGUUCUCAGAGACUUAUGUGUAUACUCUCCUCCUCUUACAUUAAGAGUGACAUUCGUUGUUCUUAUUUGUCUUUCCACUCAUGUAACAACGUAACCAUUUUGAUGGCCUUUGACCUGACUUCCCAAAUGAAGCUGUAAGAGCCUGUUUGGAUGGGCUUAAAAUAAGCAGCUUAUAAGC